AUGGAGCUUCCUCAAGAUAUCAAGCAUCUAUAUGUUUUAUGGAUGGAGGAGGAGCUUAGGAAACAGCAGCAUGCUGGAUCAAAGCUUGCCCUGACGUACAUGCGCGCGGUUCAGAGCGUGAAGCAGUGUCCGAUGAUGCUUCGAUCUCCCACCCAGUUGGGAGGGCUCCGAUUUAUAGGAGAUAAGAUGGUUGCCAUGAUGCGCAAGAAACUCCACGCAUACUGCGAGGAGCACGGGUAUGACCCUCCGGAGGAAGCGGUGGAUGAGGAUAAGGAGAAUCGAGGCGCAAAACGAACAGCAGAGAAAAGUGCUGAUGGUCCGAAGAAACGACGCCAGCUCAAGUCGGCCAAAAGAUACAUCCCUCAGCGCAACACGGGCAGUUACGCGAUUCUUCUGGCUUUGUAUAUCAACGAUCCGGGCUGCGACGGGCUCACUAAAGACGACAUCAUCAAACACGCUUCAAAAUACUGCACUACAAGCUUUACAGCGAAUCCAAGCACGGGUCAGUUCUAUUCAGCCUGGGGGAGUAUCAAGACGCUCGAGAAGAACGAGUACGUCCAGUCUCACGGACGGCCGGUGUAUUACUUUCUCACUGAGACUGGACUGGAGGUUGCACAGAUACUGAAGAAAGUGGAGGACGAACAGAAAGACGACAGCCAAAGCGGCGCAGAUAGCUCACCGAUAUUACAGCGUGUCCAGCACGAGGAUGCAGGGUUGGUGGAGAGAAUAGAUACUUGGCUGCCGCCGAUGAGUCGAGCUGCUGCCAAGCCGGCGAACGUUCAAAACGUUGCACACGAGAUCUGGCCUAUUGGGAGCUACUCGGUGGAACUGGUGUUGGACAACAGAGAAGUGCGGUCGCGUGAGCAGCGAGACUUUUUUUCGGACCAGCUUACUAGUCAUGGAGUUAGCACGUCGGUGCGUGCGCUGACUGUGGGAGACGGGGUCUGGGUCGCACGACACAACGAAUCGGGAAAAGAGGCGGUGCUGGACUUUAUCUUUGAGCGUAAGCGACUGGACGAUUUUGCCGCUUCGAUCAAAGACGGGCGGUAUUUCGAGCAAAAAUCCAGACUGAAGAGAACCGGGAUUAACACCAUCUUCUACAUUGUCGAGGAACAGAUGUCGAGUGACGUGUCCCGGUUCAGCGAAGCGAUCCAGACGUGUAUCUCGACUAGCAUCACCAACUCGCGAUUCCAUGUGAAAAGAACAAAAGAUAGCGACUCCACCGUGCAACUGCUCACCACCUUAUCAAAGAAAAUUAUAAAAUAUUACAGACAACAGCCUCUGCUGGUUUUGCAACCACGAGAUCUGAAAUCUCAGCAGGAGUAUGCACAGCUUCUGCAACAGGUGUCAAAGGAAAAUGUGCACUUACAGUGUGUUUAUAGCUUCCAUACGUUUCAGUCGCUGCUUUCGAAGUCCAAUAUGGUUUCUGUUGGAGAAAUGUUCAUCAAAAUGCUCAUGACUAUCAAGGGAGUUUCGCUGGAUAAGGCCCUUGCUAUCCAACUACACUACAAAACGCCCAAAAACCUGUUGGACAGCUUCGAAAAAUGCACCACCGACAAAUCCCGCAUGAUACAUGACGCUUUAAAGGACCAUGUCGGGAACCGGAAGAUUGGGUCCGCUUUGAGUGCAAAGAUCUACCAAGUUUGGGGCACACAAUAG